AUGGUUACUUCAAAAAAUCAAUCGUAUUCACCAAUCAAAAUUCAAAAGAAGGAUAAUCAUAUUGAAUAUUUGAAUAAUAACAAUAAUCGUGAAGAAGUUUUGAAUUUGAAUUCGUACACUCGAGUGGGAGAUUUUUAUCAACAUGCUGUUUUAUUUAUUACGGGCAGUACUGGAUUUGUUGGGAAAGCAUUAGUGGAAAAAUUGUUACGAUCAUGUGAAGGAAUUCAAACAAUUUAUGUUCUAAUACGUCCAAAACGUGGAUUAUUGGUAGAUCAACGUCUCAAAGAACUUUUAAAAAAUCCGGUUUUUGAUCGAAUUCGUACAAAAAAUCCAGAAUAUUUCAAUAAAAUCAAAGCAGUUUCCGGUGAUGUCACUCAAAAGGAUUUAGGUUUGAGUGCAACAGAUAAAAAAAUUAUUACAUCUUCAGUAACAGUCGCUUUUCAUUCGGCAGCAACCGUACGGUUUAAUGAAUCUUUAAAAGAUGCGAUUAUUUUAAAUACAUUAGGAACACAGCGUGUUGUUGAGUUAUGUAGAGAAAUGGUUAAUCUUAAGAGCUUUGUACAUGUGUCAACCGCAUACAGCAAUGCAGAUAAGAGAGAAAUUCAGGAAACAGUAUAUACUCCAGUACAUGAUCCAAGAGUGAUUUUAGAAUGUAUAGAAUCGUUACCAAACGAUGUAGUUUCAGUAAUUUCUGAAAAAAUUAAAGGAAAACAUCCUAAUACUUACACACUCACAAAAGCGAUGGCAGAACACAUAGUGAUGGAAAAAACUGGCGAUAUACCAGCGGCAAUUGUUCGACCUUCAAUUGUAACUGCAGCUUGGAAAGAGCCAUUUCCGGGAUGGAUUGAUAAUAUAUCUGGUAUAACGGGUAUAAUGAUGGAAAUCGGUCGUGGAACAAUUAGAAGUAUUAUUUGUGACGAAACUCUAACAAUGGAUUUAAUCCCAGUUGAUAUUGUCGUUAACACAAUUAUAACCGCCGCUUGGCAGACUGCAUUUAACAGGUCAAAUACAAUGCGGGUAUAUAAUUGUACUAGCGGACAAUUGAAUGGUGUUUCAUGGGCUGAAUUUGGAGAAAUGACAAAAAAAUAUGCAAUUAUGAAUCCAACAAAAUAUGUUACAUUUUAUCCUGGAUUUACUUAUCGUACAAAUCGUAUCGUUCAUAAAUUUUGUGAAAUUUUCUGUCAUAUGAUACCAGCAUUUGUUCUUGACAUCUUACUGCGUGUUCAAGGUGGAAAACCUAUAAUGUUAAAAAUAGCAAAAAAAUUCAAAGCUGCAGCAAAAACUGGUGAAUUCUUUGCUUUAAACGAAUGGCAUUUUCACACAAAAAAUAUCAAAUCACUGAUAUACGACUUACGAACACAUACCAGCGAUCAUGAAGAAUUUGAAUGUGAUAUCACAAAUGGAUUUGAAUGGGAUCCAUAUGUUAAAAGUUAUAUGUUAGGAAUUCGAAAGUAUGUACUUAAGGAUGAUAUCGAUUCAUUGCCAAAUGCCAGAAAGCGAUUACAAAGAUUAUAUUGGGCCCACAAAGUAACUCAGGUAUUAUCAGUAUACUUUUUCUUAAGAUUCAUAUUUUUAAGAUAA